AAGUGACGAAAAAACAUCGAGAAAGAAACUAAAAUGACAAAUUGAAAAGUUAAAUAUGUUAUGUUACAAAAAAAAUUUAUAAAAUUUAACUAAAAAAAGUUUUAAUUCUAAACUAAAUUUUAAAAAUAAACUCAAUAUUCAAAUGUAACGUAGUUAAUAAAAGAAAAUAUCUAUAAAAUCCAAAGAAAUAAAAAAAAAGAAAAAAAUCUAACCCAAAGGUUAAAUUUUCACCACCGCAGCCAAAUUUGUUAAGUUUUUGAACAACAAUGACAACAACAACAUCGGUUCCUACAGAUACCAAUAGUAAACAGGAUCCUAAAAUAAACAAUAACAAUAAUAGCAAUACUACACCAAAUAAUAAUACUAUAACCACAAACGGGACAACAACAACAACAGGUAAUACAACUAACAAUAUGGAUCCUGCAACUUUAGCCACGAACUGUGCUGCUGCUCUUGCUGUGCCGGCUGCCAGCUCCACACCAAUUACCACAACAACAGUAAGCCCUUUAUCUACAACCGCAACACAACGAGCUGUAACUAUAACCCCCAUUUUCAACUCUCUGUCCAAUCUAUCCAAUUCACAAAAUUUUUCUCGCACUAUGCAGACCGAUGAAGACUUCAACAUACGCUUUGUGAAUCUGGUGAGAAAUCACAAGUGUUUGUAUGACAAAAAGGUGCCGGAAUAUAGGAAUCGUGAUAAUCAGGAAAAGGCCUGGUUGCAAAUAUCCAUAGAAACAAAAGAAAGUGUCAUACACUGCAAGGAACGUUGGCGCAAUUUGAGGGCUUGUUUGUCACGUUACAUUAAACAGCAAAGUGGCUCGGAUCCUCAACACAAACCCUAUUACCUUACCGAGCAUAUGGCUUUUCUCUUACCUUUUCUUAAAUCUACCCGAAAUUCGUUGGAUGGCAACAACAGUUUGGCUACCUUAUUUCAAUAUUCACAGCAACAACAACUUAACCAACAAACCCAUACAAAUCCAGCUUCCUUGCAAGUGUUGAUACAACCCAAUUUCAAGCUGUCCCAGGAACACCAGCAUUUGCAGGUUAAACAUUCUCUCUCGGACAAUGAUGAUGAAGAAACCAUCGAUGCUUUUGAUCCCGCCAUAACGGCCAGUUUACAUGUACAGCAACAACAACAAAACCGUUCCUCGCCCGCUCUUAGCGAUACGGCCAGUGCAAAUACCUUGCAAAACUUUAUACCCGAUGUACAACUAUCCGAACUACGAACAUCUGAUGGUGUUCAAGAUAUCUCCUACCAAAACGCCAGCAUGCGUCGAGAUUCACACGAUUUUGGUCACGAACCUAAACGCAUUAAAACUGAGUGCCAUGCCAGCGAAGCUACCACCACCGGACAACUGCAUAUGUAUGCCGGCGAACAAGCCGAUAUGGAGUUUUUCCGCAGCAUAUUACCAGACAUUGCGGGCCUGACGCCGCAACAGAAACGUAAACUUAAAAUAGGCAUUUUAGAAUUAAUUGAUGAUGUGGUCGAGCGGUUUCCACUCGAAAGAAGUACAAAUGCUAACGCAACUAGUCAAAACUUAAAUACACCGAAAACCCGACGAACUUCCUCUAGGGAUUGGCGCAAGUAAACAGAAACUCUCGUGUUUUUAUUAUUGUUAGUUUUUAAAACAAAUAUUGGGGUAAAUAGAAAAAAUUUAUAUUAGCAGAGCUGUGUUCAAAGUUUUUUUUUUUCUCUUAUUAUUUUUAUUUUCUUUAACUACAUUAUUCUGUAGAUAAAUGUAAUUCUUUCCAUUUUAAAUGUUACAAAUUACAAAAUACAAAUUGUCCUAUAAAAUGUAAUUUAUAUUUUAUUAUAUCCAUAUCUAUAUUGAAUCGGCUCUGCAUCAUCAUUAUCUUAAAUGUUUGCUCAAAAAAUAGUGUAUGUAGUAGUUGUAUUCAAAAAUGUUGUUUUCUUUUUUUUUCUUUAUUAAUAUAUAUAUUUUUUAAUUAUUUAGUCAAAAUAAUGUAAAUAAAAGAAAUUAUGUAAAAUGUUUUA